AUGGCUAAUUUAAAGUUGAACAAUUCAGUUGAUCAAGAUAUAAAGUGCCUACUUGACGAUCUUAUCGAUCAAAUUCAACUUAUGAAUUCUCUCUGUGAUCAUAUUUCAAUUAAACUUGAACCACGUCAUUAUAAAAAAUUCAAAAAAGUAAAAAAUCAAUGUGAUACAAGAAAACGAAAAAAACGUCGAAUUUUUUCAAGUUCCGAAGAUGAUAGUUCAUCGUCAUCGGAUGAAUCAUUUCUAUCGGAAGAUCACAAUACACUUAUCAAUGACGAUUCAGAUGAAGAUGACGAGCAAAAACUACUUCGUGCUGGUCAUGGUCCGCGUACACGUAAUGAAAUUGCUAUCGAUGAUCUUCCACCAAUCGAAAAUCUAACAAUUACACUUAGUGAUGAAACGCCCGUUGAACGCCUUGGAUAUAUUCGUCAUAUUGUUGAUGGAAAACUAGUCAUUAUCGAAUCAUUACUUCAUUCACCACCACUCAACGAUGAUACUGUUCUUUUUAAUCGUGAUCGUCGUUCAAUUGGACUUAUAUUCGAAACAUUUGGACCAGUUGAAAAACCAUAUUAUUCUAUUCGGUAUAAUAAUAUUAAUAGUAUUCAUCAACGUCAAAUUGAAUUAAAUCAAGAAGUUUUUUAUGCACCGAAAGAAACAACAUACACCAAAUAUGUCUUCGUACAGGAACUACGAGCAUUAAAAGGUUCAGAUGCAUCAUGGGAAGAUGAUAACGAACCGCCGAAAUUCGCUAUUGAUUAUAGUGAUGAUGAACAAGAACGUGCAGCUAAAGCAUUUCAAAAAGGAAAAAGAAGUAUAGAAGAAACUACUGAUGAGCAAAUGGUUGAUAAAGUAAAUGAUGACGCAAUUAGUAUUUCUUCAAAUUAUUCGAAUAUGGAACGUGGCCGAGGUCGUGGCCGUAAUCGAGGAUUUCAUCGUGGUGGCGGUGGUGGUAUUACUAAUAAUCGACCUCCACCAAGUUUACCUAAUUGGUUUCAAAACGCUUCGAAUUCAACUUCAUUUCAAUCUCGAUCAACAACAUCACCACAACAAUCGAAUAGACAAAACAUGAAUAAUACAAAUGUUUCUGCUCCAUUUUCAUUUUCAAAUAUGCAAAACUUCAAUACUAAUCAUUCAGGUGUACGACCAACACAACAAACAUAUCAAGGAAAUAAUUCUACUCAUAGUGCUUUUCCUUGGAUGUAA